GUGGACAUUAUUUAACCAAACGUUCGCAACCGCACAGCACAACCAGCCAAACAUAGGGACUUACACGGCAAUAAUCGUGAACGAACGCACCUCACACAGAUACAGACACAGAGAGACAGAUAGAGAGAGAGAGAGCGAGAGAGCUUGUAGCGAGAGCCGCCACGCAGCAGCCACCGCUCUGCCAACAAUAUACACGGCAGUGCACACCGCGAACUAUCUAGUAGAUAAAAAGUCGCCGACUUGCCGACAACUGAAACUGAAAUAACGCUAGGCCCAAGCCCAAGCGAAAAGCGAUCCGCAUCGUGCCAAAAACAGCACUGCGGGGAAACCGCUCCAAAAACCAGCAACAACAACAGAAACACAGACAGAGCCGCAACCCAACCCAUCCGAUACGAUCCAAACCGAUCCAUUUGGAUCCGAUCCGCGCUGAGCUUUGGUACGUUCCGUUUCGAUUACACUCUGUAACAACCGUACGUACCAAACCGUACAGAUCUAAAAGCUUCUAUGGUCUGAAAAGUGAGCGAAAGAGUUUCUGUAUCGAAAGUAUCUAUAUCACUAAAACACACACUGGAAAAAGUCUCGAAACAUUGAAAACACAAAAUCGAAAAAACACAAAAAACCAAAAUUUAUACAACAAACAAAAAAACAAAAUCAAAUAAAUCAAAAUCGGCGCGCGAACCUCGCAUGUGUUAUCUAAUCGGCCAGAGAAAUAUAUAGUAGGACAAAAACAAAAGCCAAAGAACACAACAAAAAAUCAAAAGCUAAAAGAAAAGAAGCGAAGGAAAAGAAAGAGAAAAAUAAUCAAGUAGAAGUGAUCGAUUGCGCUACGCAAAAAGUCUAUAUCAACACAGUUGUCGACUCACCCUCCGCACCGCACAGUAACGUGCCGCAACACGGCAUCCCACACCGCAGAAAACCCACCGCAAGGCCUUUCAUCCACCAAUCCAUCCCCCCUGGGAGUAAAGAGAAGAGAGUAAUGUGUGUGUGACCUUUGUUUUAUUUAUUUUUUAUUGUGUAUGGUUUUAUUAAAAAACGUGCUUAAAAACACAGUAUCCGAAAGAAUACAUACUAAAUACAAAAAUACAGUAUCCGCAAAUAAUCAACGAACGAAUCAUCCCAAAAAUCGACAGCCGGAGAAAUGGCCAACAAGCAGAAGCCAAGUGUUAGUGACAGUGGCAGCAGCAGGGGUGGCGUGGCCUGGACGACAGCAACGGGCACAGUGCCGAAUUUGGAAAGCAGCAACAGCCGGAAGAGCACCACAGACUCCACAUCCACCUCAAACUCCACCUCCCGCAACAGCAGCAGAAACAGUAGUGACUCUGCAACACAGAGCUGGUCCAUGGGCCGGCUGAGCCAUCAGUUCCGCCACCUGCUCAUCGUGGGACUGCUGCUGUGCCUCUCUGGCGGCUUGGUGGAUGGGCGACGUCAAGCCCCGCUCAUGUUCGAGGAGUCCGACACGGGCAGGCGAUCCAAUCGACCAGCGGUUACCGAAUGUCAGUUUGGCAAAGUUCUCCGUGAAUUGGGGUCGACCUGGUAUGCGGAUCUCGGACCACCCUUUGGGGUGAUGUAUUGCAUCAAAUGCGAAUGUGUGGCGAUACCCAAGAAGCGCCGCAUCGUUGCACGCGUCCAGUGUAGGAACAUUAAGAACGAGUGCCCGCCGGCCAAGUGCGACGAUCCCAUCUCGCUGCCCGGCAAAUGCUGCAAGACCUGUCCCGGUGAUCGCAAUGAUACGGAUGUGGCCUUGGAUGUGCCAGUGCCCAACGAGGAGGAGGAACGCAACAUGAAACAUUACGCUGCGCUGCUGACGGGCCGUACAUCGUAUUUCCUCAAGGGCGAGGAAAUGAAGUCCAUGUACACCACCUACAAUCCGCACAACAUUGUUGCCACCGCCCGUUUCCUGUUCCACAAGAAGAACCUCUACUACUCUUUCUACACAUCGUCGCGCAUCGGCCGCCCGCGUGCCAUUCAGUUUGUGGACGAUGCUGGCGUCAUACUCGAGGAGCAUCAGCUGGAGACGACCCUCACGGGCACCCUCAGUGUCUAUCAGAACGCCACUGGAAAGAUCUGCGGCGUGUGGCGCCGUGUGCCCAGGGACUACAAGCGCAUCCUGCGCGACGACCGGCUACAUGUGGUACUACUGUGGGGCAACAAGCACCAGUCGGAACUAGCCCUGGCCGGGAAGAUAGCGAAGUACACGGCCCUGCAGACGGAGCUGUUCAGCUCGCUGCUGGAGCCGCCCCAGAGCCUACCCGGCAACAAGUUCGAUUCCAUGCUGGCCGGAGCCGGUGGCACGGCCAUUGUCUCGACCAGCAGCGGGGCGGCCUCCUCCAUGCACCUGACCCUGGUCUUCAACGGCAUCUUCGGAGCGGAGGAGUUCGCGGACGCCGCUCUCAGCGUGAAGAUCGAGCUGCCAGAGCGCAAGGAGCUCAUCUUCGAUGAGGUGCCACGGGUACGAAAGCCUUCGGCCGAGAUCAAUGUGCUAGAGCUCUCCUCGCCCAUCUCCAUUCAGAGCCUGCGCCUCAUGUCCCGCGGCAAGCUGCUGCUCACCGUCGAGUCUAAAAAGUACCCACAGCUGCGCAUCCAAGGCCACAUUGUGACGCGGGCCAGUUGCGAGAUCUUCCAGACACUGCUGGCGCCACACAACGGCGAACCCGAAACCCGGAGCAGCGGGCUGGCCUGGGUCUACCUCAACACGGACGGAUCGCUGGCCUACAACAUCGAGACGGACCACGUGAACACCCGCGACCGGCCGAACAUCAGUCUGGUGGAGGAGCAGGGCAAGCGCAAGGCCAAGCUGGAGGAUCUAACGCCCAGCUUCAACUUUAACCAGGCCAUUGGCAGCGUGGAGAAGCUCGGUCCCAAGGUGCUCGAGUCCCUCUACGCUGGAGAGCUUGGCGUCAACGUAGGCACUGAGCACGAGAUCAGCCUCAUCCGCGGGCGCCUGGUACCGCGGCCCGUGGCCGAUGCCCGCGACUCCGCCGAGCCCAUUCUGCUGAAGCGUCAGGAGCACUCUGGGCUGGCAACCAGCAACAAUCAGUCUGGCCAUGCCAUGGGCAUGGCCUGGAUGUCCAUCGACAAUGAGUGCAAUCUGCACUACGAGCUGACGCUGAGUGGAGUGCCGCCGCAGGAUUUGCAGUUGUAUCUGGAGGAGAAGCCGAUCGAGGCUAUCGGCGCACCGGUGACACGCAAGCUGCUCGAGGAGUUCAACGGCUCCUACUUGGAAGGCUUCUUCCUGAGCAUGCCCUCCGCGGAGCUGAUCAAGCUGGAGAUGAGCGUCUGCUACCUAGAGCUGCACUCCAAGCACUCCAAGCAGCUCCUGCUGCGCGGCAAGCUCAAGAGCACCAAGGUGCCCGCCCACUGCUUCCCCGUCUAUACCGACAACAACGUGCCCGUGCCCGGAGACCACAACGACAACCAUCUAAUCAACGCGGAGACCAAGUGCUUCCACUCUGGCCGCUUCUACAACGAAUCCGAGCAGUGGCGCAGUGCCCAGGACGCCUGCCAGAUGUGCGCCUGCCUGCGGGGACAGUCCAACUGCGAGGUGAUCAAGUGCCCGACUCUCAAAUGCCGCCCCUCGGAGCAGCUGCUUCAGCGUGAGGGCGAAUGCUGUCCAAGCUGCGUGCUUAAGCGGGAGACAACUGCCGCCGCCUCGGAUUGGACACAGUCCCAGGGAUCAUUCCCCUCCGCCUCAUCCUCGCCUGCGGUUAAUGGCAGCGAUGAGCUGCUGCAGCAGCAGCGACGCGGCUGCCGGCUAGGUGACCAGUUCCAUGCUGCAGGCGCCAGCUGGCAUCCGUUCCUGCCUCCCAAUGGCUUCGACACCUGCACCACCUGCAGCUGUGACCCACUGACGCUGGAGAUCCGCUGUCCGCGGCUCGUGUGCCCACCGCUGCAGUGCAGCGAGAAGCUGGCAUACCGCCCGGACAAGAAGGCCUGCUGCAAGGUCUGUCCUGAGGGCAAGCAGAGCAGCCCAGCCGGUGGCAAGAUCGCCCCAAACAAUCCCAAUGUGCUGCAAGACCAGGCCAUGCAGCGAUCCCCGCAGCACAGUGCCGAGGAUGUCCUGGCCGCUGGCGGCUGCAAGGUGGUCAAUAAGGUCUACGAAAACGGACAGGAGUGGCAUCCUAUUCUAAUGUCGCACGGCGAGCAGAAGUGCAUCAAGUGCCGUUGCAAGGAUUCCAAGGUGAACUGCGAUCGGAAGCGCUGCUCACGAUCCACUUGCCAGCAGCAGACGCGGGUUUCUAGCAAGCGGCGCCUCUUCGAGAAGCUCGACUCAGCCCCGGCUAUGGACGAGUGCUGUUCAACGCAAUGCCGCCGCUCGAGGCGCCAUCACAAGCGGCAACCGCACCACCAGCAGCGCUCUAAUGCCGCCUCCAGCAGUUGAGCGCGGAUCCGCCGUGAGCAGCCGUGAGCAGCCGGGAAGCAGCGGGAAAGCGAAGGAUUCUUGGGCCACACACACACUCAGUGCGGUGUGUGCAGGGCCAGAGACACCUAUAUACACACAUACAAUUCACAUAUACCCAGAUAAACACACCACACACACACGUAUACACACACACACACACACACACACAUGCGGGGUUGCAUAGAUCGUUGUUGUUUUGUGGCAACAAUGGAAACUUGUAUUAUAUAAACAAAUGAGAGGGCAGAAAGAGCAGGAGGAGCGAGAAUGAUCCCCAGAAUGGACAUACACCCUUCAAAAGAUCCUCAAAGAGAGAGAGAGAGAAGAGAAUCCUCUCAUACAGAAGGAGAGCUUGGAAGAGAGCAAGAGAUAGAGAGACAGACAGAAAGAGAAACCAGUGCAGUUUUGCUUUAAAAUUCAACAGGGCAGAAUUUUUCUUUGAAAAGCAUUUUCCGAAUUUCUUUAACCAACCCACCCACCCUUUCCCAUCCUGAAAAACAAUGAUUAAAAUUCAAUUUUAAUUUAUUACCAAAACGAAUUAAAGAAGAUAAUUCGAUUGAAAAUGAAACUGUACUGAGUUUUAGAAAAACAGUAAAUUCGUGGAAUUAAAGUCCACAAAGAAAAAGGAUAGCAGGAAAGAAAAAUAUUCAAUAUUUCAAUUUAUUUAAAUACUAAUUUAAAUUUAAAUUUGAAAUGCAGAAAGAGUAAAAAAUACAACAGUUUGUGGGAAUAUUUAAUGAAAGCUAAUUA